UUGAAAUACAACCAGGGAAACCCGUUGAAUACUGACGGCACCAGUCACUUGUCGUCCAUCUUGGGAAAUCCUCGGGAUUUGUGAACUCACGUGUGCUGGGUGUUGUCUUUGAAAAAAGUUCGACAAGAUGUCCGUACCUCCAUGCUAUGCAGACCUAGGCAAAUCUGCUAGAGAUCUUUUUAGCAAAGGAUUUGGUUAUGGCUUUGUAAAGCUUGAAUGCAAGACAAAGACGAGCAGUGGAGUGGAGUUCACAACAAGUGGCAACUCAAGCAAUGACACCUCUAAAGUAGAUGGUAGUUUGGAAACCAAAUAUAGUUGGAAAGAAUACGGGCUCACAUUCAAAGAGAAAUGGAACACAGACAAUACUCUGGGUACUGAGGUCACUAUUGAAGAUCAGCUUGCAACUGGUCUUAAACUGACAUUUGACACUUCAUUCUCACCACAGACUGGUAAGAAGAGUGGCAAAAUCAAGUCUGCCUACAAGAGAGAUUAUAUGCAUAUUAACACCGAUGUUGACUUUGAUUUCGCUGGCCCAACUGUUCAUGGUGCUGCUGUCUUAGGAUAUGAAGGCUGGCUAGCUGGUUACCAGAUGUCAUUUGACAGUUCUAAAUCUCAACUAACAAGAAGCAAUUUUGCCCUCGGGUACAAGACUGGUGACUUCCAACUACAUACCAAUGUCAAUGAUGGCUCAGAUUUUGGUGGUUCAAUUUACCAGAAAGUGAAUGAUAGUCUUGAAACUGGUGUGACAUUAGCUUGGACUGCUGGCAGCAACAACACACGCUUUGGUCUUGCUGCCAAAUACAUAUUAGAUGAUGAUACAUCCAUGAAAGCUAAAGUCAAUAACUCCAGUCAAAUUGGUCUGGGCAUAACACACCAACUUAGAUCAGGAAUCAAACUCACAUUAAGUGGUCUGAUAGAUGGUAAGAACAUCAAUGCUGGUGGACACAAGCUUGGUCUUGGUCUAGAUCUUGAAGCCUAAGCUAUAUAUAUAUCGCAUGAUGUUAUUGUUUUGAUUAAACACAGGUGCUACGUACUAUUGUUGUGAACAUACCUGACACCUGUGUGGCUGUGUUUAGUAAUGUGAUGACAGUGCUGUAAUUUAAUGCUGUGGGCCAAAUUAUUAAAAUGGUAGCAUAUUUCUUUUUGAGAUAAUAAAUGUAGAAAAAGCGGAUGUUGGCUGCACUUUGGUUAACUUCUUCUCUAAUCACUUGCAUGGGCACAACAAAACUCUGCUACAUACAAAACUACAAAUGCCCAUGACUAAAUUUGCAGAAACGCAGCAGAACAAGCUGGUUGCUUCAUUUGUGCUUUCAGCUUUAUUUUAUUGCUUUAGCAAAGGCCUGGUAGAAAUAACUCUUGUUUGCAUGUUAUCAGUUUCACUUAGGUGGCUGCAGAAACACUUGAGUUUAAAUUCUGUACAUAUUUCAUGAUCCAAGGAAUAUUGAAGACUAGUUUCUUCAAUUAUCCCACCAAUUUAAGUAAGCCCAAUCUUCAUCACUAGUCUGCACUUCCAUUAAGUAAGUUCCAAUAUACAGGAUCAUUUUUGACAUCUUCCAGUCUGCCAUAUGGCGUUACAUGUUUGUUUUAGCAUCUGCUUUUCUAAAGAUUUAGUUUGUGCAUGCCCUUUUUGUAGCCACCUUCAUUUCGUAAAGCAACAUCUGCUUUGCUGUGUCCUGUGCCCAGUUCCCCCCCCCUAGUUUUUUGUGAAUAAUUCAGUCUAUUUAUAUAGAGACAAGUGAUUUGAAAAUGCUUCUUGUUGCAACUUGCUGUAGAAAUGUUACUUUUGUUUUUCAAAUACAAUGGAUUAAACGACUAAUGUCAUCCCUCAAAAAAAA